GUAGUCGGCCGCACUCUUGACUCUUCCGACGCGUCAGUCUUAUUCGGCUCUCCGCGGCACCGACGUCGCGACCUCUACACCCCGCGCGCACACCGCUCAGCGAGUUUUACCCGUCGCAUCGCAUCGAAGUUCAAAAUAUUAAAGACACAACUACUAUUUGCGUCUUAAAUAGUUUGAAUUUCGCGUGCGAAAACGGUGUGCACAACACAAUAUUGUUUGGAAAUUUAUAAUAAUAACAUUUAUACGUAUUGCGACGAUUCCGCCGACGGAGUGUGAUCAUUUCGUGGCGAGUCCGUUUUUGUCGCGUCUCGACACCCAUCAACGCUCGGGUUGAGUUGCUGCUGGCCGCUGCCACCGCUGUUAUCGUCAUGCACCCGCACCCUCGGCGAAUCGUCCCUCUGUCGGUGACGCUGUCGCUGGUCGCUGCGAUGUUGGCCGGUUGCACCCGCGAGACCGCGUCACUCAAGUGCGACGGCGGCGGCGACGUCAACUUCGAACUGCUCACCGGGUACGCGGCCAGUCCGGCGGCCAAACAUGCGAUGCGCGAGCAGUUGGCCCUGUUCACCUUGCCGCAGUGCAUAGACGCUUGCAAGUCGGAUGACCAGUGCGCCGCCGUCACGUACGAGACAGGCGCCUGCGUGUCCUACGCCGCGGUGCCGCAGAAGAACGCCAACGCGGAUUUCCCUUUGAAACGAUCUCAUUACCCAACGCACACUGCAACGGUUGCUCGUAAAAUAUGUGUUCGAACACCGAAGUCGUGUAAUCAACGGUCGUGGAGUUUCGAUACAAUUCAUGGAGAACUGAAAGUCACAUCCAAACAACAUUUCAAAGCUAUUUCACGGUCUGGUUGUAUGAACAAGUGUUUAAAUGAAAAGAGCUUCCAAUGCAGGUCUGUCAAUUUCAACAAGGAGACCGGUGACUGUUACAUGAACGACGUGGACCGGUUCACCGUGUCCGGGCGCUCACCGAUCAGCAAUCGGUCGGCCGACGUCGUGGACUACAUGGAGUCGAACUGUGUAGUCGAGCAACCAAAGAUGUGUGACUUUGUAGAAGUAGGUGGCAAGCUUCUGAGGACUGUGGACGCCAUCUAUGAGAACGUGGCCACCGCCGACAGGUGCAAGGAGAUAUGCCUGGCGUCCAAGGAGUUCCAGUGCCGUUCAUUCGACUACAACGAGACGGGUGUGAACGUGUGCCGCGUAUCGCAUCACAGCACGUCCAGCCUGUCACAGCAGCAGCUGGACCACCGCCCUUACCUGACGGUAGCCGGUGCCACCACUUACCAGAUGUCGUCGUGCUUCAGCGUGAAGAUCGACUGCCGCGGUGCGGACAUGGUCGCGUCCGUGCACACCAACCGGCUGUUCGAUGGCAAGGUGUACGCAAAAAAUCGGCCGAGUUCUUGUGUCAAUGACGUGAAGAGCACUCUGGACUUCGACCUCCGGUUGGACUACCAUAGCCCAAACUGUGACGUCCGGCAGGAUCAACCAGGAAAGUUUUUCACCGAAAUAAUUAUCCAGCACCACGACCAGAUCGUCACGGGCCAGGACAUCGGACUUUCAGUGCGCUGCUCGUACGACCUGCAGAACCGAAGCGUAGGUCAGGGCAUCGAGCUGGCGAUGGCGCCGGCCACAGAACCCGGUGACGACGGGGUCGAGUCGGACGCGGCUGACAAAAACGGAGGUGGUGUAGGCGGAGUCGGAGGCAACGGUGUGGAAGAAACGGCAUUCGUCAUUUCGCCCACGGUGAUGAUGAGGAUCACAAACAGGGCAGGCGGUGACAUACACGCUGCGCAGGUGGGCGACCCUCUCAGUCUCAGGUUCCACAUACUCGACGACCGUUCUCCGUACGAGAUAUUCGUCCGGGAACUGAUUGCCCUAGACGGCGUGGACACCAGCGAGAUACUGCUCAUCGACGGCGACGGUUGUCCCACGGACCCUGCCAUCAUGGGACCGAUAUCGGCCGUGGACACGGGUGGUGGUGGUACAGUCAAGAUCCUGGAGGCGCCAUUCGACGCUUUCAAGUUCCCCACGUCGGACAUCGUACAGUUCAAGGCACUGGUCACUCCUUGUUUGCCAAAGUGUGAGCCCAUCAACUGCAACGUGGUCGGCCACAACGGAGCAGUCCGCCGGGCUGACUCCUUCGGAAGGCGGCGCCGUAGACGCAGCGCCGGCGGUGGCAACCAAACCGACGAAGUAGUCUUCCAGGAGAUCCGCAUCGAGGACAAGUUUAAAUUUGAAGCCCAACGGGGCGAGCCCGGCCACGAAAUCAACUUCUCGGGCAGCAGCGGCACCUCCACCUCCACCAUCACCACAGGCGACCAGAACACCUUAUACUGGAACACGUAUGCUUUCGCACUGGUGCUGGUAGCAUUCGUCGUGCUCCAGCUGUUCGUCAUAUUCGCGUGCUGGCUAUGCGCCACGUAUAGGUCUCGAGGCAACCGUGAGGCCGCCUCCAUAUACGAAUCGGCCGUCAGCGAGUACGCCUCCACGGUCCGGACACCAAUAUCCUGGGACAACAGUUAUUAUAAAUGAUUUCCGAGCGUUGGGAGAUGUCAAUUACCGAUUAUAUGGUAUAAUAUACCACACUGUAUAGUACUAUUAUAUACCUAGGUAUUGUGUGUAUCGGGGCUGCCCGUGACCGAAAACUUAUCCACAUAAUGUAGGUUACGUAGUAUUAUUGUAAUAUAUAUAGGUAUAAAUUAAAUUAAACUGCGCCCACAGAACAAUAACGAUGUACUAUUAGGUAACGUGGAGUCGGUGAUAGGGUCGUAUGGGGAGGGUCACGAUCAACACCGCACGGAUAUGGCGAAGUUUGUCGUCUUUAUUAGGAGUUGCGGUGGUUAUUAUACUUCGGAUUUUCUCGGUGACUGAUCUGAUAUGCAUAUUAUAGGUACCUACACUAUAUUAAAUUAACUAUUAUUAGAUUGUAAGAUUUUUAUAAAAAUAUUUUACGGGCGUGAUUAUUGUGUUUAUCCUCACUACUUAACUUCCUUAAAUACACCAAAAAACGCCAAAAUAUAUCCAUUAAUUGUUUGUUAAAACUAUUCAGUCUGACUUGAUACUUAAAAAUUCAUAAAAAGACUAGAAAUUUAUCAGUACAGUGCAGUGUCUUUUUUGUUUUUCCGAAAUCACUAAUACAAAGAUGUUAUGAUUGUUCUCAAAACCUUUAUGUUUGUGUUUUGAAACUAAUUGAACACCUUUUUUUGUUAAUGUGAAAAAAUAAAAAUCCUAUUGCCCAGUCAAAGUUCUCCUCUUUUGGUUAUUUUUGUCAUACAAUUUAAAAUUAUGAUCUAAAACUGUAUAACCUUGUCGAAUAAUUUCGUUGCAAAAUCUUUUUUCUCUUUAUAUUAUUUGGUAAUUUGUGAAAAACAUUAGUAUAGCUGUGGGACAAUUUGUUAAAAUUUCAAAUCUCUAAAUUAUUAUUUAAAGACCUAUACAAUCCGGUUUUUUUUUCAUUAAAAUGAGUUUUCUUAAGAUUUUCAAUUGAUUCUUAAGUUCACUUCUACCCAUGUAACGUUAAACGUUAUUAUCACUGUACGUGUAAAUAAUAAACUGUAGUUUGUGUAUUCAGGGAGUACUCUCUCUAUUUAAGUAUAAGUACCUACGUCACUGCAAUAUCUAUAAAAGUGCAAAAUUAUUAUUACACAUAUCUAUCAUUAUUUAUUAUGUUAUCUAGUUAUCCUAAUAAUAUAUUCAUAACAACUUUAAAUCUACCUAGUUCUCGAUUAUUUUUAUUUAUUCUUCAAGAAGAUAAUGGGCCCUACUGAACACGUUUUCAUUACUUAUAUAUUUUUACUUGCUUUGUAACGCCACUGACAUUGACUACUUACGCAAUAUAUAGGUAGCUAUUUUGGACAUUUACGUAAGUACGAGUACGAGUAGUAUAGUAAUAGUUCUUAGAAUUUGCUUGAAACGGUAUUUAUGGUAAAUUGUAAACACUAAACAUUUGCAUAAUAGCUAAGAACCUAACAUAUUGUACUAAUAUUAUAAUUAUUAAUAAUUAUUAAAAAAGAUUGGAUACAUUUUGCUCUAAUAUAUUUAUUCACUUUAUUUCACUAGCAUAAAACCGAGUUCUAGAAAAUCACAUUUUAUACUUUUAUAAAACUAUUAUAAACCUACUUACUAUUAAGCUAUCAUUUUAUCCCACAUCUAUAAAAUAUUUUCGGAAAUAAUAUCAAGUUACGCCUAAUCUCUACAGCAGUAGAUAAGUUAAGUUUUAGUUUAUUUUAACAAGGAACUCAGUUAGUUUAUUGUUUUAUUGUGUUUUAUUAAAGAUUUAAAUCAUAAAUGUAUUCGAUCACGUAUCCAUAGCGAACGUGAGAUGAUGAUCGCUUAUCAUCUCAUAAAUGGAUACCACCGAAGACAAAAUUGUGUUAUGUUAGAUAUUUGAAUACCCAGUGUAACUAUUUUUUUUUUUAACGAUACUAAGAUAAUCCAUUAUACAAAUCCUUUAAAAGAAUUGAGUAGGAUUUUUUAUUUUUUUGUAUUGUAAUCAAUUAUUUAUCAUGUUUUUUUUUAUUAUAUAAAUCUAUUUUCUAGAAAUAUUUUUUACAUUUGUGAUUUAAAUUUUGAGUUCAAGAAGUAUAUUCUCUUUUAUAGUUUCAUGAAACUUAAUAUUAGAGAACUUGGAUUAAUGGAGGAAUGCCUUUAUCGUUAAAAUUUGCAAAUACCCACUAAUAAAACUAAUUUUAAGGUACAUGCAUGUGUAAUUUAUUUAUUUAUUUAUUUAUUUUGUUUAUUUUUAUAUUAAGAACAACUAUUAAUGUUAACAAUAUUGUAAAGUACCUAAUAUUUCAAAUCUUUGAGUAAAUAGGUAUAUCAAUAUAAUAAUGAACUAUGUGUAGUUCAUAGUACCUGCAUUGGCUUAAUAUUUAAGGGGGAUAACUGAUAAUAAUUAAAUAUGGUGCCUAACUAAUUAAUGUAAAGCUUUAUAUUAAUUAACGAUGUUUUUAAGAUAUUAAUUUACCUAUGAAUUACCAUAAUAAAUUCAUUGAACGUAUGUUAAAAUAUAAGGGAGAGGCUGACAUACAUA